AUGGUGACUGAGCGUCGGGGUCGCGCGACGUUGCGCCUGGACGCCGGCGAGGGUCUGGUGCACGUGAACGUGGGCGGGCUUAGGCGCUCCCUCUGCUGUGGCACGCUCACCAAAUUCCCCGAGACCAGGCUGGGAAAACUUCUGGAUUGCCACUCAGAGGAGGAUAUACUGCAGGUGUGCGACGACUACGACGUGCAGCGGAAGGAGUUUUACUUUGACCGCAAUCCAAUUUUGUUCCGCUACGUUCUUCACUUCUACCGGACGGGAAAACUUCACAUCAUGGACGAGCUCUGCGUUUUCUCCUUCAGCCAGGAGAUGGAGUACUGGGGCAUCGGCGACUUUUUCCUGGCCUCUUGCUGCAGUUUUCGCUACCACGAGCGCAAGCUAGGAAGCCGGCUCCGGCCCAGCUGGGACGAUGACAUCGAUGAAGACCGUCUUGGCGGCGGCGCCAUUCGCGCCGAGCGCAACGACAUCCAACGGCUGCGCACGGAGUUGCAGCACUUCGCCCGCUUGCGUUGUGGCGCCGCCCGCAGGUGUCUGUGGCUGACGCUGGAGAAUCCUGGAUACUCACUUCCCGGCAAGUUGUUUAGCGUCGUCGCUGUCGGAGUGCUGCUGGCCUCCCUCACCGCCACGUGCAUCAAGAGUGUGCCAGAGUAUAAGACGUUGGACAGUGACGGCAAUUUGGUGGAAGAUCCCACUGUGGGUGCCGUUGAAGUGCUCAGCACCUGCUGGUUUACCCUGGAGGUGGUGCUGCGUUUCCUGUUAGCGCCGAACAGGAAGCAGUUCUUCCACCGCCCGCUCAACGUGAUCGACGCAACGUGUGUUCUUCCCGUUUACGUGACGCUCCUCUGCGACUGGACGCUGGGCGCCCAGUCGGAGCAGGGAAUGAUGGGACGUGUACUGCAGGUGUUCCGUCUCCUGCGGGUCUUCAGAGUCCUGAAGCUGGCCAGACACUCCACAGGACUGCGCUCGCUUGGGGCCACCCUGAGGCACAGCUACCGUGAGGUGGGCAUCCUCUUGCUAUACUUGGCCGUGGGCGUGUCCGUCUUCUCCGGCAUGGCCUACACCGCUGAGUACCAAGAAGAGGAGGGAUUGGACACCAUCCCGGCGUGCUGGUGGUGGGGCACGGUGAGCAUGACCACGGUGGGCUACGGCGACGUGGUUCCGGUGACGGUGGGCGGCAAGCUUGCGGCCGGAGGCUGCAUCCUCGGGGGCACUCUGGUGGUGGCGCUGCCCAUUACCCUCAUCUUCAACAAGUUCUCCCACUUUUACCGGCGCCAGAAGGCGCUGGAGGCAUCCGUCCGAAACAGAGCCAGAGGUGACGAAGAAGGCGGCGACGGAGGCGUGGUAAACCGCAGCUACGUGGAGGACCGCGCCGCCGAAACCCGGCCGCUCUGA